AUGAAUGGUCACGCCAGCGGCCAACUGAACGGCCAUGCACAGUCCAGUGCUGCAAAUGAGCAGAAGAUGGACUACUCGAAAUGGAGGAUAAAGGACGAGAAUGGUCGUCACACAUGGCAUUACCUGGAUAGCGAGGAGCAGAUCAGACAAUGGCCUCAAGAUGUUUCGACUAAAUACUUCUUAGGUCUUCCGACUGAGCAACCAGAUCUACGUCCAGCGACCAGACCGUCCGAGUCGAUCGACAACUGCCUUACGUUCUACUCGAAAUUGCAGAUGCCAUCGGGCCAUUGGGCUUGUGAAUAUGGUGGUCCACUAUUCCUUCUGCCUGGUCUCGUCAUAACACGAUAUGUCUGCGACGUGCCUACGCGACCAGCUGAUGCUCAAGCAAUCAAGAACUAUCUGUUCGCACGACAGAAUAAAGAUGGAGGUUGGGGCUUGCACGUCGAGGGACGUAGCUCGGUAUUUGGAACCGCAAUGAACUACACUACAAUACGUUUAUUGGGUGGGAGUGCGGAAGACCCUAGAAUGAUAAGAGCAAGAGGAAAGCUACACGAACUCGGAGGAGCUGUCAAUGGACCACACUGGGCCAAGUUCUGGCUAAGUCUGCUAGGUGUCAUGGAUUGGGAGAUCGUCAAUCCUGUCCCACCUGAGCUAUGGCUCCUACCUGAUUGGGUUCCAAUCGCUCCCUGGAGGUGGUGGAUCCACAUACGACAGGUCUUCCUGCCUAUGUCGUUCAUAUGGUCGAGGAGAUACAGUAAACCAUUGACUCCUCUUACCAGAGCCUUGCGAGAAGAGCUUUACACACGUCCGGUAGACGAAAUCAAUUUUGCUUCACACCGAAACUCUAUCUCUCCUGCUGACAACUACCACCCUAAGUCGUGGGUGCUAAAUGUGAUCAAUUUCUUAUUAGUGUGGGUUUGGAUACCUUUACUUCGAACUGCUUCGAUCGUCGAGAAAGCCGAGGCAUGGACAUGGAAGCUUGUGCAGAUGGAAGACGAAAACACAGAUUACGCCUGCCUUGCACCCGUCAAUGCUCCUAUGAACACUGUUGUAUGUUAUCUCAAGGAGGGUCCUGAUUCCUACAGUUUCCGCCGACACGUCGAACGUCUUAAUGAUUACGUGUGGAUGAAUCACGAAGGUAUGCUUAUGAAUGGCACAAAUGGUGUUCAAGUAUGGGACACCUCCUUCACUAUUCUGGCCAUGGCAGAAGCUGGAGUUGCAGACAAUCCAAAGUGGAGACCUAUGCUCACUCGUGCUUUGGCCUUUCUUGACGCCCAUCAAAUUCGUGAAGAAGUCAAAGAUCGUGAAAAGUGUUAUCGACAACAACGGAAGGGCGCUUGGCCAUUCAGUACUGCUACACAAGGCUAUACAGUAUCAGAUUGUACAUCAGAAGGUCUGCGAGGAACCUUACUCUGCCAGAAAGUGUACAAUUACCCGCAAUUGAUCUCAGAUGAGCGGCUGAAGGAUGCUGUUGAUGUGCUGCUGACUAUGCAAAAUGCUCAUUCUGGUGGAUUCGCCUCAUACGAGCCCCAACGUGGUUCUGAAUACAUGGAAUUUCUCAACGCUGCAGAGGUCUUUGGCCGAAUCAUGGUCGAGUAUGAUUACCCAGAAUGCACAACAGCAGUAGUUACUGUCUUGACCCUCUUCCAAAAGUUCUUUCCUGACUACAGGUCAGAUGAGAUCAGCCACGCUAAAAAGCGAGCUCUCAAGUAUAUACACGAUGCACAACGAGCCGACGGCUCAUGGUACGGCUCAUGGGGUAUCUGCUUCACCUACGCUGCCAUGUUUGCUCUAGAAUCACUAGCCUCGCAAGGCAUGACAUACUCCAACUCAGACGCCUCAAGACGUGGCUGCGAAUUCCUCAUUUCUCAUCUGCAUUCCGACGGCAGUGGUGGUUGGGGCGAGUCCUACACAUCCUGCGAAGACAAGGUAUACAGACACCACGGUGAGAAGUCGCAAGUCGUGCAGACGGCCUGGGCAUGCAUAGCGCUCCUGGCUGCUGAUUAUCCUGACAAAGAGCCCGUUAAGAAGGCUUUACAGAUGAUCAUGAGCCGACAGCAGAGCAAUGGAGAGUGGCUGCAGGAAGCUAUUGAGGGUGUCUUCAAUUGCAGUUGCAUGAUCACUUAUCCUAAUUACAAGUUCUACUUCCCAGUGAGAGCAAUGGGCAUGUAUGUGAAGAAAUGGGGUGAUGAGGAAUUGCUCAAGCGGUAG